AUGAAGGGGUCUAUGCAUUUCAUGGCUGAAGCUCCACCUUUUGCAGACCUCCUCCUCUCUCUAGAACAAGCCACGUUCAUGUUAAAACAACUUCCCUCCGCGUCCGACCAAACCCAUCUCCUCCAAAUCUGCACUUCCCUUCACGGUGCCCAUCGCAAUCUCUCCAAUUUCCUCUCCACAAUCGAUUUCCCCCCUCCGCCACGCCCCCCGGCCGAACACUCCUUCUCCUCUGCCUCCGGCGUCAACCAAGAUGCCAACGGAAACGAACCCAUGGAGGUUGGGGAUGACGACGAUGAGGCUGAGGCAAACGUGGAGAUUUCCAGAGGCACAAUUGAGAAGGUCGAGGAGAAGAUGAGAGAUUGCUUCAUAAAGAACAAGCGACCGAAGCGGCCGCUUUCACCGUCCACUGCGGCGGCGGCAGAGGAGAGGCGGUUGUCCGAAGAUGGCUUGGUUGGGAGAGUGAAGGAUUUUGAUGCGCAUGCGAUGAGGUUGAGGGCUUUGGAUUUGGUGUAUCAGUUUCAUGGAUGA